AUGCUCAACUUGGUCAAGAUGUUUCACAUCUUUGCUUAUGACAUAUCUGAUGGUUACUUCUCCCACCGCCCAAAAGAGAAAGUGAGGACAGACAGCAACAAUGAGAACUCAGUGCCCAAAGACUUUGAGAAUGUGGACAAUAGCAACUUUGCUCCUAGGACUCAGAAGCAGAAGCACCAGCCUGAGCUGACAAAGCGGCCCCUGAGCCGGCACAAGGAGCUUUUGAAACGGAAGUUGGAACAGGAGGUCCAGGGCCAGGGGCCCUCAAGGCCCGGGAAAGGCCCCAACGAAGUCCUGGCCCCUGGCAAUGGCAGCAGAGGGAAGGAAGUGCCCAGGUCUCCCCACACCAAGAGGAGCAGCGCCAGCUCCCCUGAGACCAGGAAUGAGCCACCGCCCAAGUGUGACAUCUCAGGCAAGGAGGCCAUCUCAGCCCUGUCCCGUGCCAAGUCCAAGCACUGCCGCCAGGAGAUCGGGAACACCUACUGCCGCCACAAGCUGGGGCUGCUCAUGCCGGAGAAGGUGACGCGGCUCUGCCCAUUGGAAGGCAAAGCCAACAAGAAUGUGCAGUGGGACGAAGACUCGGUGGAGCUCCUGCCAGACAACCCCGUGCGCAUUGCCUUCGUACUGGUGGUGCACGGCCGUGCUGCCCGGCAGCUGCAGCGCAUGUUCAAGGCCAUCUACCAUCGGGACCACUUCUACUACAUCCAUGUGGACAAGCGCUCCAAUUACCUGCACCGCCAGGUGCUCCAGCUUGCCAAGAAGUAUGCCAAUGUUCGUGUCACACCCUGGAGGAUGGCAACCAUCUGGGGUGGGGCCAGCCUAUUGGCCACCUACCUGCAGAGCAUGCGUGACCUCCUGGAAAUGCCCGACUGGCCCUGGGACUUUUUCAUCAACCUCAGUGCUGCUGACUACCCCAUCAGGACCAAUGACCAGCUGGUGGCCUUCUUGUCCCGAUACCGAGAUAUGAAUUUCCUAAAGUCACAUGGCCGGGAUAACGCCAGGUUCAUCCGCAAACAGGGCCUGGACCGACUCUUCCUAGAGUGUGAUGCACACAUGUGGCGCCUGGGAGACCGGCGCAUCCCUGAGGGCAUCUCAGUGGAUGGUGGCUCCGAUUGGUUCCUGCUGAAUCGGAAGUUUGUGGAGUACGUGACCUUCUCCUCUGAUGACCUGGUGACGCAGAUGAAGCAGUUUUACUCCUAUACUCUCCUGCCUGCCGAGUCCUUCUUCCACACAGUGCUGGAGAACAGCCCUCACUGUGACACCAUGGUGGACAACAACCUGCGGGUCACCAACUGGAACCGCAAGUUGGGCUGCAAGUGCCAGUACAAGCACAUUGUGGACUGGUGUGGCUGUUCCCCCAACGACUUCAAGCCGCAGGACUUCCACCGCUUCCAGCAGACAGCGCGUCCCACCUUCUUCGCCCGCAAGUUUGAGGCGGUGGUGAAUCAGGAGAUCAUCGGGCAGCUGGACUAUUACCUGUAUGGAAACUACCCCGCGGGCACCCCGGGGCUCCGGUCCUACUGGGAGAGCGUGUAUGACGAGCCCGACGGCGUUCACAGCCUGAGCGAUGUGGCCCUGACCCUGUACCAUGCCUUUGCCCGUCUGGGCCUGCGCAGGGCCGAGUCCUCACUGCACACGGCUGGGGCGAACAGCUGCAGGUACUACCCCAUGGGCCACCCAGCCUCUGUGCACCUCUACUUCCUUGCUGACCACUUCCAGGGCUUUCUGAUCAAGCAUCACGCCACCAACCUGGCUGUGAGCAAACUCGAGACACUGGAGACAUGGGUGAUGCCCAAGAAAGUCUUCAAGAUUGCCAACCCACCCAGUGACUUUGGGAGGCUGCAGUUUUCAGAGGUUGGCACUGACUGGGAUGCCAAGGAAAGGCUCUUCCGCAACUUCGGGGGGCUCCUGGGGCCCAUGGAUGAGCCGGUGGGUAUGCAGAAGUGGGGCAAGGGUCCAAACGUGACAGUGACCAUUGUCUGGGUGGACCCCGUCAAUAUCAUUGCUGCCACCUAUGACAUCCUCAUUGAGUCUACGGCCGAGUUCACCCACUACAAGCCACCCCUGAACAUGCCCCUGCGACCUGGUGUCUGGACCAUGAAGAUUCUGCACCACUGGGUACCCGUGGCUGAGACCCGCUUCCUCGUGGCCCCUCUGACCUUCUCCAACAGGCAGCCCAUCAAGCAGGAGGAGGCACUGAAGCUGCACGCUGGGCCCCCCCGCAGCGCCUAUAUGGAGCAGAGCUUCCAGAGCCUGAACCCCGUGCUCAGCCUCCCCAUCGUGCCCGCACAGCUGGAGCAGGCCCGCAGGAAUGCAGCAUCGAGCGGCGCAGGGCUGGAGCGCUGGCUGGACUCGCUGGUGGGCAGCAUGUGGACUGCCACGGACGUCUGUGCCACGGGUCCCACAGCCUGCCCUGUCAUGCAGGGCUGCAGCCAGACAGCCUGGAGCUCUUUCAGCCCUGACCCCAAGUCCGAGCUGGGGGCCGUGAAGCCCGAUGGGCGGCUCAGGUAGCAG